AUGGUCAAUACUAUAAAGAAGUCGUUAAGUCCUGUUUUUUUAAUCACUUUUCUCUUAGGUUUAGGAAUUCUCUAUCCCUUAGACGAAUUGAGAUAUCGUUUGAGUAUUGUCUAUAUAUUAACAAUGUGGAGUGUUUAUGCUUACGCGUUAUAUUGGGCAAUGUCUGUGGUAAAAAAUGUAAUUAAUAGUUUGGCUGUCUUUACAAUAAUAGUAAACUUGUUUGUGGCAAUGAUAUCCAUAAUUAUUACCUUCUGUGAACACAAGAAAUAUCAACAAUUUAUGAAGAAGCUCGAACAUGUGGAUGAUACAUUAGAAGAACUCGAAACAUCGAAAGAAUAUUGUAGAAUGCAAAAUUUCAUAAGACUGAUCUUGAUUACGUGGUCUGUAAUGACUUGCAUAUCAUGGAUUAUUGAUUCUUUACUGUGCUUGACAGUGUCCAAUGAUAUAAGAGCUAUACUUAUUCCUUGCAUUCUGAAUUAUUUUACACACGCUAACACCAUCACAGAUAUAACGUUUAUGCUUCUUUUGAGACAUAUCGGUAGCAAAUUGGAUAAAAUAAACGAUCAAAUUGAACAAUUAUCAGAAAUAAAAGACUAUGGACUAAGUUGCAAGUGGAAUAAAUAUCCUAUUGUUAGUAGGCACAAUGUUCAAGAUACUGAUCGCAAGCGUGUGUUAUGGAUUACAAUGUAA